GUGAAGUGAAGACUGCUUUUCCACAAACAACAGAGUAGAGACCCCGGCCUUGAAGAGGAUCCUGUGUGCCACAGUGCUGAGCAGUCUGGGACUGAAAAAGAGACACAAACAGAGAGAAAGUGAGAGAGGAGGGUCCCUGGAAUUGAGGAGUUGGAUAGACACAGAGAGAGACACAAUAAAAAGUUAAAAGGAAGAGUGAAAGAACAAAAGAUUUGGAGGGGAGAGACUGUGUCCUCUCUCGUCUCCCCUGUAUCUCUGGAGGGAGCUAUGGCGGAUAACAGCACUCAUCCUAUUGUGAAGAUACUGGAGUCCUUCGGAUUGAUCUCCUUCCAUCGGCAAACCUCAUCCUCACCAAUAGACUAUGGUGACUCACCGGGCCGCAAGUCGAGCUUCCGGGCCUCUACUUUUCAUCCUCUUCUUCAGUGUAGCCAGAUAGCUCGUGAGGCAGAAGAGGGUUCCCAGGGCAGCCUGCCACGGACCCCCACUUUCACUACCAGCCCUGGGGCAGCUGGCUCCACCAGCACUGUCAGUUCCAUGGUCACUCCACCCCGGGCCAGAACCAGGCCGGAUUCCUUCUGGGGCAACAGCAAUCUAAGGGGCUUUCAUGCAGGCCAGAUUCCACCACCUGCCUAUGAGAGCAUCAUACGAGCCUAUCAGGAGACAACCACGUGAAGGAAGAGGAGAUGCUACAGUGAUGGAGGAAGAUAAAUGUAUUAAUAGACUUGGACUAAAAAAUUGGACAGCUGAAAGCAAUAUGGAUGUCCUACAUCUUAAAACAUGGCCAGUUUUUCAAUGUGUGUAUAUUUGCAUAUUUCUGUUUGUUUGUUUGUAUUCUAUUAAAAAAUAAAGGUUCUUUAUUGGCAUAUGGUUCCAUGAGGAACCAUCCAGGGAACCUUCCAUUGAACGAAAGGUUAUGUUCUUCUCACAAAGAAAAGAAAAGGUUCUUUUAAGAUAAGAACUGUUCCAUGAAAGGUUCUUUGGGGAACCAAAUAUAACCAAAAUAGUUAUUUUAUGGCAUCAUUGUGAAAACCUCUUUUUGGAAUCUUUAUUUUGUGCGAGGUCAAUCUGAAAUACUUACAGAGAAUGUUUGAAAGAGAGAGUGAGAUGACUUUGGUUUCUACAGGUCUGCUUUAUUGAUUAGUAAAGACAAAAGACCUAUAUUUUUGCAGGGAGAGAAUAUGUCUGUAAAGAGUGAGAGAGAAAAAUGAGAAAACAUGAUAAACAGAGAGAGAAAGAAAGUAAGAGAUACUGAAGGUUGUAAUAAGCAUGGGGACAAAUCUGAGAGCAUUACUGAUCUCUAUUGCAAAAAGUUAUUGCAAACACUCAUUUAAAAUCGUUUAGCACCAAACUCAAUAGAUUGUGUAUUUAUUGGUUUGUUUUCUGUGAACUCUAGUCUUUUGCAAUCAUUGUAAGUAUUUCUCAACACAAUUGUACUCAAAAAAUAAACUGACACAAUGCAUUUUGCAAUAGCUUUUUGCAUCUGCAUGUUUUAAUU